AUGGCUGCUCCCAUGAAGCUGUACUGUUGGAGAGGAGAUUAUGGAUUACCCUCGGUAGAUGUGGAUUGUCUAACUGUUCUGGCGUAUGCGAAGUUUGCAGGAGCUCCACUCAAGGUUCAUAAGAUCACCAACCCGUGGAGAAGCCCAACAGGAACCCUCCCGGCGUUAAAAACCAGAGACGAAGGCAGUUUAUCCCAGCCAAGCAAGAUCAUCAUUCAUCUCAGGAAACAGAAAUAUAACGCUGAUUACGACCUGUCGGCUAAAGAGGGAGCGGAUACUCUCGCCUUCAUCUCCUUACUGGAGGAGAAACUGCUGCCUGCUCUGAUCUACACGCAGUGGGUCGACGCUAAGAAUUACGUGGACGUGACGCGGCGGUGGUACGCCGAACACACGCCCUUCCCGCUGAAUUUCCUGCUGCCCAACCGCAUGCACUCGGCACAGCUGGAGCGACUGAGGCUGAUCAGAGGGGAUGCGGUGCUGGAGCCCGAGGAGCAGGUGGAGAAAGAGCUGUACCAGGAGGCGCUGGAGUGCAUGACUCUGCUCUCACAGAGACUCGGAUCACAAAAGUUCUUCUUUGGAGAUUCCCCCUCCUCGCUGGACGCGUACGUAUUUGGACACCUCGCGCCUCUGCUCAAGAUCAAACUCCCCAGUGGGAAACUCCAGCAGCACCUGAACUCGUUAGAGAAUCUGUGCCAGUUCUGUACCAACAUCCUGGUACUUUACUUCCCCUCAGAGACCAGAGACGUAGGGAAGCAGAAAGUCUCCGCCCACACCGACGGCGGCGACUUCGACAACGAGCCGCACAAACGGCGAAACCAGAUCCUGUCUGUGCUGUUUGCCGUGGGAGCCAUGCUGGGUUACGCCGUCCUCACCGGCAUCGUCACCAUCCAGAGUUCACGAUCACAGCUGGAGGAGCCGCGGCGUGCUGAGGAGGACGAGGAGGAGGAGGAGGAGUGAUGAAGAAUAUAAACUCUAUAUUUACAUUUUAGCUUGAGUGAUCAGACCCUGCGGUGCUUCUGCUUCUCCUGGUGGCUUCUGGUUCCUCGGAGAACGUUCAUGCUUGAGAUCGUCGCCAUGGUGACCACGUGAUUCUGUAAAUAGUAAUAAAAGUUCUUCGUGCCGAAA